GCUCUCAAAUUUAGGGGGCGGGAUACUCUUUUUAAAUUGGUGUCUCCUCCUGUGAUGUGAAUUGUGAGCCCUAAGAAAAGAGGAAAUGGCUCAAGAGGCAAGGCUCAACCUCCGAAUGCAAAGGGAGCUUAAGCUUCUUCUCACCGAUCCACCUCCCGGCGCCUCCUUCCCUUCUCUUACUUCUUCCUCCUCUCUUUCCUCCAUUCAUGCCUUAAUUGAAGGCCCUGAAGGAACUGUGUAUGCUAAAGGACUCUUUAGCGUCAAAAUUCAGAUACCUGAAAGGUACCCCUUUCAGCCUCCCAUUGUCACUUUCCUAACGCCCAUUUAUCAUCCAAAUAUUGAUAAUGGUGGUCGUAUUUGCUUGGAUAUUCUCAAUCUUCCUCCAAAGCAGGGAGCAUGGCAGCCAUCUUUGAACAUUUCAACUGUCUUAACAAGUAUAGGUUUGUUACUAAGUGAGCCAAAUCCUGAUGAUGGGUUAAUGCAUGAUGCGAGCAUGGAGUACAAAUACAAUAGACAAGCAUUUGACCACAAGGCAAGAUCAAUGACUCAAAAGUACGCCACGGCUGGAGCAAGUGAUUUUGGUGGUCACCAAGAAAUCCAAACUCUUACAAAUGCAAGAGAAGGAAUUGUUGAAGCCAAAGAAUUAAAUUUACCAAAAUCUGAGGUCCCUGAUCAUUUUGUGAACCAGAAGGGAUUAUGUGGACUCAGCAGAAAGUUGUCGCUAGACUGUGCUGGACGUGCACAAAGACAUAAUGGUGAGACUGUGAGUGAAGUGCCUAUUGGUCAUAUCUUAAAUAAGCAGAUGGAAGUUAGUAAACAAGGUAUGAAAGAGCUUCCCAUCGAGUUUGACUUGAAUCAGGAUAAAGUACAACAGAGAACCAAGAAACUAUCUUCAGAAUUUGUGAGUCCAUCUAAAGUUAGAAAUGGUGAGAAGGAUUGUAUGGCAAAAAUUCAAUGUUCUUCCAGUUUGGAACCCCAAAGUAUUUUUUUGAUUUAUGCGGAUAUAGAGGCCUUGCCACAGGCUGUAAGAAAUUCAGGAAAAACUGCGAAUCCACAUAAUUGUGAGAUGGGAAAUGUCAGCAUAAAUAAGAGUACAAAUAAGCUGUUGCUUAAGUCAACCAAUUUCAGCCAUAAACAAGAGGAUCUUGAGAAGUUGCAGUUCAAGCCUAAGCUAUCAGUCCAACUUCAGUCCACUGCAUCAUGUCAAACUCUUCCGUUGCCAGGGAUCCCUGGUCAUUACAAUAAGCGACCUCAUAAGAAGGCUUGUGAUCAAAACGGAAAUGGUUUCUCCAUGGGGAAUAAGAAGCUGGGUUUAACUGGGAGGAGACAUCCUUUCGACACAUCCAGUUCAUCUCAACGUCAGCAGAAGUGUGAUAAAGAGAAUUUAGUUCCAUCUCAAAAUCUACCCGCUUCAAAAUCUGAUGCAUGCACUGAUUCAGCGUCCAGUUUACUUUUUACUUCACAAACUGGUGAUACUUCUGAUGCAUGCACUGAUUCAGCGUCCAGUUUACUUUUUACUUCACAAACUGGUGAUACUUAUGAUGCGUGGACUAGGAAGUCAUCUGAUCGAUGUGGGACUUUCAAGAAGCUGCCACUACAAGCUAUGGAGCACUCUGGAGAGGGUAAGGACAAUAGCUUUCAGUUGACCUCCCAAUCUGGACAGCAUUCCACAGCUCAAGUUAAUCAUCCCCUUUCAUGUGAAAACUUAAGUGAUCAUAAGCAGCUCAAUCAAGACGAGGAUAUAUACUAUAACAAGAACAUGAAGCAACAGGAAAAAGAAUCACCACAAUGUGAAGCUGUGAUUGUCUUGGACAGUGAGGAUAGUGAAGAUGAAAGGUGUCUUCAUAAAAGGUCCAAGUUGUCGCUCGCGCGAAGACAUGUGUCAGGUAAGCGAAAGGCUUAAUAGUGGAUUUGAAUUUCCUUUUGGAAGUUUAUGCUGUGGACAUAGUAAACUUGUAUACUAUGAUAUGCCUUGUUCCUCCGUGGCUCGGGCCCUCUGCUGUCAAACUUUUCUUUCUUUUCCAAUACCUUGGCCUAGUAUUUCUAGGCAUAUUAUUUCAAAUAUCGGCCAAAGGAAUAUGACAACAUUGCUUAGUAUGAUUAAGAAAUUGGUGGCAUACAUAUGUUUAUCGCAAUAUUUUUUCCAAUUACUUGAAAUGUUUGUCCAGUUUCA